CUGUAUGUGUAGCUUCCAUGCAAAUGCAUAUUUGUGUCUUUGAGAACGCCGUUAAGCGUAGAGCGGCAUAAUUUCUAUCCAGGUGUUUUUGAAAUUGAUCUAUUGUUUGAAAAUUGCGAAAAAGACAUCUGAAAUUUUUUGAACUGGGUGGAAAUCGAAAAAAGCAGCCGCGGAAGUAAAUAGUUCUGAAUUGAGACGCUUAUUACAGGACGAAAACAACACGCAGAGUAAAAUGGCGCCAACAAAGAAUACCCGUGCAUCCACUAAACAGGCUGCAACGACAACAGUGUCCACAUUAUUGCCACUAACAAGAAAAGGACUCACUCGGCGGACUGCCAUAAAUGUCGAUGAUCAAAAUGUGGGUAUAACACAGACGCGCGGCAAACGUAAAGCCGAACAUAGUCCUGCCAAGAAUGAUAAAACCAAACGCUCGGCGCUUGGUAACCUCACGAAUAAUGUAAAAUUAAUGACAAUGACGACGAAGACUGUCCAUUCCGAGGAUGACACUAAGCAAAGCACACAUUUUACGAAGAGGAAGGAAAAUCAAUCAAUCGGAACAAAGACGCAAGUGCUCAAAGAAUCUCGUAACACAAUAGGGAAUACUGAUGUUAGUACGCUUCAAAAUCCACCGACGAAAAUCGCAACAAGAGCAACAACACGAAAUGCGAAUGCUGUUAAUACUUCAUAUAAAAAUGUUUUGGAAGAAACAGGUAACAAAUUAGCAAUACCAAGUGUAAGUACCUUAAUAGCUACGUCGUCCGUGAAAUCUCGGAAAUCGGAUCAAGCCCAAAUAUUGCCUCCGCUUCCUGCGGCUCCAGUUGUAGCAGCCGUGGCAACAAAGCAAUCACAGUCUAAUAAGCCAGUAAGACGCAUUUCUAAUGAAUUCAACAAGACUGAAGAAAGUUUGUACAUGUCGGCGUUGGAGGAUAUUUCUAGUUGUGAGUCGAUGCGCCUAUCUAGUAAUUUCGAAGCAGCUAAGCGAAGGUCGGCCCUAUUAUUACAAGAGAAGAGCAAGUCCGAAGGUGUACCAGUUGAUGAAAUUAGUGAAAAGCCACCGCCUGCAACAAUACCGAAAGGCGUGGAAGAUUUCGACAAAGAAAAUUGGAAUGACAUAUACCAAGUGUCACAAUAUGCCAUGGAUAUUUUUAAUUAUUUGAAAUCUCGCGAGGCGGAGUUUCCUAUAACUGAUUAUAUGGUAAAACAAAUACAUUUGACCAAGUGGAUGCGAACAUUGCUCGUAGACUGGAUGGUUGAGGUGCAAGAAACUUUCGAGCUGAAUCAUGAAACGCUUUAUUUGUCAAUAAAAAUAGUUGAUCUGUUUUUGUGUCGUGCUGUUAUCAACAAGGAUGUGCUGCAGUUGCUUGGUGCAGCUGCGCUCUUUAUUGCAUGUAAGUUCGAUGAACGUACUCCACCACUGAUUGAAGAUUUUCUUUACAUUUGCGAUGGGGCGUACAAACAUGAUGAGCUUACCAAAAUGGAAAUGACUACACUACGCACUAUCAACUAUGAUCUAGGCAUACCAUUGUCGUAUAGAUUUUUGCGACGAUACGCUCGUUGCGGGAAAGUCCCAAUGCAAACGCUAACGUUAGCACGUUAUAUUUUGGAGAUGUCACUCAUGGAUUAUGCUGUUAUUCAAUUUAGUGAUUCGAAAAUGGCAUGCGCAACUUUGUUCAUGGCUUUGCGCUUACAUGGCGAUAAAAAACCGUGGACACAGACGUUCGAAUACUACACCGGAUAUAUAUUGACUGAUUUUGCCGAAAUAGUACCCAUACUAAAUGCUGGUUUGCAUCGUAAACCAAAAGUGAGGACAAUACGCAGUAAAUACUCGCACAAGAUUUUCCAUGAAGUGGCCAAAGUCCCGCUACUCACAACGGAAGAACUAUUCGAGAACAAUUUAGACCUGAAUAUUAGCAUAAAAAUUGAGGAUUCCUGAAAUUUAUUAUAUUUAAAAGAUAAGCCAAUUAACGAAAUGAAUCUAGCUAAAUUAAAAGAAUACAACCAUUCAUUAACCUGCCAACAUCCAGUCGAGCACAUACAUACUAAACGCACACAUUAUAUCAUACCUCAUCAACGUCAGGCGUAAUGCUUUUAAGUUUAAGUGACCAUAGAUGUUAAAUUAGUCUAUAUUUUUUUAAUGUUAAAGAUAUUUUCAUAAAGCAACAUAAUCUUCGUUUAUUUGAUAAACAUGUUUCAUAUACAAUUUGUAAUUUGCAUUUCAUUUAUAAUUUCCAAACGGAUAAAUUGUACCGGCCAGAAUGGACUGCAUUGCUACAAAUCUGCCUAAAGUUGCCUAAGUCACAUUAAUUACGCAGACGCGUGUUUAGCAGUGUAAUUGAAGCAUUCUUCAAGCUAUACAUCGGUAGUGCUUUUGAUUGCACGGCUCAGCUAGCAAGAGCACAAUGUGACACCGGCGCCGUGAAAUAUAAAAAAAUGUAAAUUAAGGACGUAUAUUUGAAAUGAUACUGAAUACGCUUACAAAUGCGAUUACCUUAAUCAGAUCUAACAUAAUUCAAUUUUGUCAAACUACCCUUUACUAUUUUCUAUGCCAAUUUUAAUAAAGAAUCAAGUAACUAGAACGAAA